AUGGUACCUGUGCCCCCUACGAGGGAUCUAUGGAAGAAGAAAGGUUCCCGCACCCUGGAGAGCCCCCUCAUUGGUUGCAAGAUCAGCCAGGAUAGAUGGGGAGCUUUGAAGCCACGGAGGAGAGCUCGGCAACCAGUUUGCAGAAUGAAGACGGACCUGCACAGAUGUUUCUGGAAUUUUAUACAUAGGGACAUUAAACCCAAUAACUUCCUAAUGGGUGGUGGGCUUCACUGUAAUAAGUUAUUCCUUAUUGAUUUUAGUUUGGCCAAAAAGUACAGAGACAACAGGACAAGGCAACACAUACCAUACACAGAAGAUAAAAAUCUCACUGGCACUGCCCAAUAUGCUAGCAUCAAUGCACAUCUUGGUAUUGAACAGAGUCACCGAGACGACAUGGAAUCAUUAGGCUAUUUGAUGUAUUUUCACGGAACCAGUCUGCCAUUGCAAGGACUAAAGGCUGCAACAAAGAAGCAAAAAUAUGAAAAAAUUAGCAAAAUGAAGAUGUCCACAUCUGUUGAGGUUUUAUGUAAGGGGUUUCCUGCAGAAUUUGCCAUGUACUUUUGUGGUGGACUGCGCUUUGAGGAAGCCCCAGAUUACAUGUACCUGAGGCAGCUCUUCCACAUUCUUGUCAGGACCCUGAAUCACCAAUAUGACUACACAUUUGAUUGGGCAAUGUUAAAGCAGAAAGCAGCACAGCAGACAGCCUCUUCAAGUGGGCAGGGUCAGCAGGCCCAAACCCCCACAGGUUUCUAAGCAUGAAUUGAGGAACAGAAGAAGCAGAGCAGAUGAUCGGAGCAGCAUUUGUUUCUCCCCAAAUCUAGAAAUUUUAGUUCAUAUGUACACUAGCCAG